AUGCGUCACAACUUCAUAUCCUAUGACAAGACGACGGCUUUGGUUGUAACGCGGGUCUCAUUGCAUCGCCCGUCACUCGUCACCUCUAUUGCCCUGCCCACCAUCUACCCUCUCGCUACCUUAAUUGGCCUCAAUGCUGAUAGCCGGCUAGCUAACACGAAGAACGGGAUUCGGAGGACGGUCCGCCGUCAAACAUGGCCGUCUUACACGAUGCCUUGGUUCAGGGUCCGGCUCGCUAGACCGCACGCUUGCCUAGAGAGUACACGAACUCGGCCCCUCCAAACACUCUACUAG